AUGCAGCUCACCCAACCCACGACGGCAGCCAAGCUGCUCCUCCUCUGGGCAUCCGUCAGCGAGCUGUGCUCGGCGGCGCCGCACUCCGACAGCCCGCGCGAGCGGCUCCUCCGGGGCCUGGACAUCCCCGAAAGCUACCGCAGCAAGAGGGGCUCCGGCGACCCGUACACGCCGGGGUUCCGGGACCCCAACGACGGCGCCGUCGACUCGGUCGGCGAGGGCCUCGACCCGCUGCCGUUCCGCAACGGGCUCGGCGCGUCGGUGCUGGGCCCGUGGAACAGCGAGCGGUCGCGGCAGAACCCGGACCUGGUGCGCCCGCCGUCGACGGACAAGGGGAACAUGCCCAACAUGCGCUGGAGCUUUGCCGACUCGCACAUUAGGAUCGAGGAAGGCGGCUGGACUCGUCAGACGACGGUCCGCGAGCUCUCGACGAGCGUCGAGCUGGCCGGCGUCAACAUGCGCCUCGGCCAGGGCGUCAUCCGCGAGCUGCACUGGCACAAGGAGGCCGAGUGGGCGUACGUGCUGGACGGCGAGGUCCGCGUGACGGCGCUCGACUACGAGGGCGGCAACUUUAUGGACGACUUGAAGAAGGGGGAUCUCUGGUAUUUCCCCUCGGGUGUGCCGCACUCGCUGCAGGGCCUGAGUGAGAACGGCACUGAGUUCCUCCUCAUCUUUGACGACGGCCGAUUCUCCGAGGAGUCGACCUUUAUUCUGUCUGACUGGCUUGCCCACACCCCCAAGUCCGUCAUCGCCGAGAACUUCCACCUCGAGCCCGAGGUCUUCAAGCACCUCCCCGAGAGCGAAAAGUACAUCUUCCAGGGCUCGCUCCCCGGCCCCAUCGACGAGGAGCGUCCCACGGGCAAGCACGCCAAGAAGUCGCGCUUCAACUUCACGCACCGCAUGCUCGACCAGGAGCCCGAGCGGACGUCGGGCGGCGAGGUGCGCAUCACCGACUCGCGCAACUUCCCCAUCUCCAAGACCGUGGCCGCCGCCCACCUGACGAUCCAGCCCGGCGCGCUGCGCGAGAUGCACUGGCACCCUAAUGCCGACGAGUGGUCCUUCUUCAUCAAGGGCCGCGCGCGCAUCACCAUCUUCGCUGCCGAGGGCACUGCGCGCACCUUUGACUACGUCCCCGGCGACGUCGGCAUCGUGCCCAAGAACAUGGGCCACUUUGUCGAGAACAUUGGCGACGAGCCCAUCGAGAUGCUCGAGGUCUUCAGGGCCGACGAGUUCCGCGACUUCUCCCUGUUCCAGUGGAUGGGCGAGACGCCCAAGAGGCUCGUGGUCGACCACCUGUUCAAGGACGACAAGGAGAACGGCGAAAAGUUCUGGAACGAGGUCAAGGAGGCGCAGAAGGACCCGGUGACCAAGUUUCAGAAGACCGAAUCACAAUCUGAUGAGGCCCAGAGGGUGGAGGAGUUGUGA